AUGUCUCACUCCCAACCAACCAUCACAACACUGAUUGCAUCUAACCGUGCACGACCCACACCCAACCCAACAAGCGCACCUAGCAGCCCUACCACAACUGCUGGUCCACAAGAACUGCGCAUUGCUGGAGAUGAAUUAGGUAAGUUGAUUCGUGCAUCCGUGGAGGCAUUCCAACGUUGUGAUUGCUGGGAGGAAUUCGUGGUUACACAACGGGGUGUUACAUCAGACCUGUCAAACAAUGUCCAUCGUCUGGACCACCCGGCCAGUCAACUCCUCGCUCACCUACGUCAACAUGGAGCUCCGGUGCCAAUGUCAACGAAACCUUGGACACCUGAACAACUUGACAAAGCUAUUUCACGAGGCCCACACACAUCGGCCAAGCUGAACAACGGCUUCAUUUGA